AUGGAAGAAUCAUUCCCUCCACCCUUCCGCACCGCCCGCCUAGAAUUCCACCCGAUGGUUGACGCCGACGCGGCGGGCAUCCACGCCAUCCGCGGGUUGAAGGAGGUCAUGAAAUGGAGUCUGAAAAAGGUCCCUGAUGCGGAUCUCGCGACGACGCAGGAAUGGGUGGAGGAGUACCUGAGGCCGCAGGCGCCGAGGAAUGUGGGGUAUGUGCUUCGUGAGAUCGGGUCUGCGAAUGGUGCGGUUGGGGAUGGGAAAGGCCGGAUUGUCGCUUCUAUUGGCUUGCGCUAUGGGCAGGUUGAGGUACUGGGCGGGUAUCGCUGGGAGCUGGGGUAUAUCUUUCACCCGGACUUCUGGGGGAAGGGGUAUGCGACUGAGGCUGUGAGGGGGUUGAUGG